AUUCAUUUUAUUGAGUUGAUAUCGAAUUAAUAAGAUUUUUUAAUCAAGUAUUGACAGUUCAAGUAAAAUUUAACCUCAUAUUUAUCUGUCAACUGUCAACAUUCAAUCUUAUUUUAGGUUAGUUUCAUUUUUUGUUAAAUUCAGCACAAUUUUACCACAUUUUUUAAAUCAAAUUUAUGUAUUAUAUUCUAUUUUCACAUUUAUACACAACAAUAACAUAAAAAAGGGAAUUUUGAAAGUAACUUUUGAGGACCACUGUUUUUAUCCAACUAACGUAAUCCAACGAAGUUUAAAUUGUACAAUCUACUUAUCUAAACAUUCGAGACGAAUAAACUGGGAGUUGUGAAGUUUCGUAAUAAACUCUCAGUCUUCCGAGUGUGUAGAAAUUGCUAUCCCGAGCCCCCUUUUUUUGACAGGAUGAUCAUUAGUAACCAACUUCAUCUCGUUUAACACGCGCGCACACACAUACAUAUGUAGAAAGAUUUUGUGGAAAAGUUGUCUUCGUAUUUAUUGCAGUAUUGCAAUAGCUGCUGUUCGUCGUAGUGUUCGUACAAAACGUGGACGUUAUUUAAUAAAUUACUAGGAUAUACAACAACGAUGGCAGCUACACCAAGCGCUGAGGGGCCCCCUGAAGGAACCGUUAAGACAAUUGGUUGUGCCCACUAUAAAAGAAAAUCGAAAUUUGUGACGCCCUGUUGCAAUAAAGUGUACACCUGUAGGUUUUGUCACGAUGAAAAAGAAGAUCACACGAUGAAUAGGAAAGAAGUCACCCAACUUAUAUGCACACUUUGUGAAACUCGACAACCUGUACAAGCUGAAUGCCAAAAUUGUGGUAUACGAUUUGGGAAGUAUACAUGUCUUGAAUGUAAUUUAUUUGAUGAUGAAGACAAGAAUCAAUAUCACUGUUCAGGUUGUGGUAUAUGUCGAGUAGGAGGUUCGGACCGUUUCUUCCAUUGCGAAACAUGUAAUAUGUGUCUUCCCAUUCAACUCCAAAACGGCCACAAGUGUGUGGAAAAUGUAUCACGUGCCAAUUGUCCAGUAUGUUUAGAAGAUAUCCACACGUCGCGGAUACCGUGCCAUAUACCAGCCUGUGGUCAUCUUUUACAUAGAACAUGUUUUGAACAAUUAUUAAAAGCGGGACAUUACGCUUGCCCAAUUUGUCAAACUUCUGUAAUGGACAUGACGGAAUUGUGGAAAUUUCUCGAUGAUGAAGUAGCCCACACUCCUAUGCCACAAGAAUAUAGAAAUUAUAUGGCGGCUAUUUUAUGUAAAGACUGUCACACGGAAAGUACUGUAAAAUUUCAUGUUGUUGGUUUAAAAUGUGGUAAUUGCGGUUCAUACAAUACAUGUCGUAUGAAAGGACCACCGUGUUUGAUCAGUACAUCAAACGCAAGCAGGGUCGAGUAACGGUAGACGUCCACCUAGAAACGACGAUUCAGAACAAAGCAGCUUGAUCCAACCUGAGCAACAGGGAGGAUCUACGGAACAAAAUCUGUGAUUGAUGUGCAACAAAUUUAUUAUACAUUUUUUUUUCUUUUGCUUUGAACAAGUAGUAUUGAUCCCAACAUGGAAAUUAAAGUGAGAAUACUCCGAUACAACUGAAAAGAAAAAUGAUAAACUAACAAAAAGAAACAAAUUUUUAAUUGGUUUAUUUUUAUUAUUUUUUAAUUUUGACAAAAGUUUUUAAUCUGUGUGUGUCAUUUAUUACUUUUUUCGUUCUAAGUAUUUUUACACUCAGGUCAUAAUCUUUAUUUUGUUUAUUGUAAAUCUUUUUUUGUAAACCCAAAAAGAGAUGUUGAUGAUUUGUGCCGAAUAUUAAUAACUUAUGCGCAUUCCGUUUUUGUAUUUUGUGUCGUUUUUGAUUAAAACGUUAUAGCAAAAAGAACGAGGCACUACUCAUCAGUUAAAAAGAACGUUUUAAAUUAUUUUAUUAUUAUUUUUUUUUGUAAUUUGUUUUUUGGCAAUCUUAUUAUUUUGUUUUUUUAUUUAGUAGCUUUAACGUUGGACUACAAAUCAUAAUAUAUGAUAAAAAAGAGAUCGAAAGCCGAAGUUGCAAUUUUUAGUCAAUUUUUUUCCGCAUGUAUAUUUUAAAGAAAUCGCGAAUCUUAGUUGAAUUUUUACGAUUGUGAUAAUUUAGGAAUUAUAUCUUCUCGCGCCGUUUAACCGGUUCGCCAAACGGAAACACUAAAAGCGACGGGAACUAAACAACAAACAAAAAAGACGAUCCAUUUGCUAAACUAUAUUAUUAAAACUGGAAAGCAAUUCUAGAAACUGUACAUAUUUUACAUUAUAUGAAUGCUCUUGAAAGAUCUUUUAGAUUUUGUUAAAAAAAAAAUAUAUUUGUUUUUCAACGGCG